UGACAAAUAUGUACGUGUAACCAGUGUAACGUCAUCAUAAAUGGCAAAUAUUUAAAUUAUUAGUCUUAUAUGUUUAAAUGAAUAGUACAAAAUUAAUGUAAAAUAAUUAGAAGUUAUAAUGUCUAAGCCCAAAACAAAUAUUUUGACAAAGCGUUCGUACAAAAAUAUAAUUAUUGGUUUAAUAUGUAUUAUCAUAUUCUUGAGUUUACCAGCCAUAUGCCAAGGUCAUGGUCACUCUCACGAUGAAAAUCCUUCUUUCAAGUAUUCCCGCGAAGCAAAUGAAAGACAUACACAUGAACACCAUCAUUCACACGAUCAUCAUCAUCACACACAAGAAAAACCAAAAGUUAGCAACCAGCCCAGUAAUUUAAGAACCAGUUCUGAAGUAUGGAUAAGUGCUCUAGGAGCAACUUUAUUGAUAAGCGCUGCACCAUUCUUAAUACUUUUUCUGGUACCUCUCGAUAGUACAGCAGAGAAAAAACCUCUAUUAAAAGUUCUUCUUGCAUUUGGAUCUGGAGGUUUACUAGGAGAUGCUUUUCUGCAUUUGAUACCACAUGCUCUGAUGCCUCAUGAUCAUUCUGAUCACAGUCACUCACAUUCACAUGCACACACUCAUGGUGAUGGAAGUCAUAAACACGAUAUGAGUGUUGGUAUGUGGGUACUUGCAGGUAUUAUUACAUUUCUUUCUGUUGAAAAAUUAGUACGAAUUCUGAAAGGAGGCCAUGGACACUCUCACAAUGCCUGUGUAGAAAAAACUAAAGAUAAAAAACAAAAAUCGCCACCUAAAGAACCUGAGAUCAAAGUUGCAGGAUAUCUAAAUCUUGCUGCUGAUUUUACACAUAAUUUUACAGAUGGAUUAGCAAUAGGAGCUUCCUAUCUAGCUGGAAAUAGUUUUGGCAUGUUAACAACUAUAACAAUUUUACUUCAUGAAGUACCUCAUGAAAUAGGCGACUUUGCUAUUUUGAUUCAAUCAGGUUGCUCAAGGAAAAAGGCUAUGUGUUUGCAAUUAAUAACAGCAUUAGGUGCCUUGGCGGGGACUUCAAUAGCUUUAAUCUGCGGUGGAACAGCAGGUGCUGCUACAUGGGUGUUACCAUUUACUGCAGGAGGAUUUAUAUAUAUUGCUACAGUUUCUGUGAUACCUGAAUUAUUAGAAGGAUCUACAAAAUUGAAACAAUCACUUAAAGAAAUUUUUGGUUUAUUAUGUGGUGUGUACAUGAUGGUUUUAAUUGCUCGAUUUGAAUGAGCAAGGAAAUAAAUCUUUAUUUUAGGAACAUGGUAUGGUAGCAAUUAAAUAUUGAUUAUGCAUUUGAGUGUAUGAUCCAUAAGACUGAAAUUAGCAUAAUCUCUUUAUUUUGUUCAAAACUAAUCACAUAUUUUUAGUGCUCUUCUAUGUAAACCAAU